CCUAUACAAGCCGACAUUACCCUUAUUCGGAUGUUUAAGAGAGAGAAAGAGAGAAAAGAUUGAAACUUUAGUCAAUAGAGAGAGAGAUAGAGAGACCCAGUUGCUUGCUCCAUCCACGGAGAGCUACUGUGGUUGAAGUUCUUCUGGGGUUUAUACUUUCUCUGAUUAUGCUUGGUUUGUUGCUCUGAAGGGGUUUGGUUUCCCAGCUGAUGUUUUCAGAUCAAAUCGAUUGUACAUAUCACACGUUUAGAUCAAAUGCCAUCAUUAAAAAUGAAGACCCAAUCGAGCACGGGCUGUUUAAGAGAAAGAAAUGGUCUUCGUGUUUGUCAAAAAUCAACUAUAAUUUCCAAAAAAACAUGCUCUCAUGUCAGAAUUCCUGAUCAUACUGCAGAUCUCGAUACUUGCGUACAAAGUUGUCAAGAUGUAUGUUCAAGUAUCCAACUCUCUCCCGAGGAGAUUGUUAACGAUGAAGAGGUUGACCAUCAGGAAUUACCAGAUGAAGAAAAGUCUCAGUCUUUGAACCAAUCUUGUGAUUCAACAACCAUGGCACAAAUGGAGUCUAGCCAUGCUUUACCUCCGCGAUUGGAGACUAUUUUUUCUCCUUCUUUGGAGUCCAUUGAAGUUCGCAGUGAAGCAAAUAAAGACAAUGAUGCAGCGGUAUGUAGUGACAGCUAUCCCGAUAUUUCUUGGUUAGAAGCUGAUGAAAGUGAUGAUAAUAGAAGUUCGGGCGACCUUCAGUAUUGUGAUGUGUCGGAGUUCUACAUUUCUGACAUGAUCGUUUCAGACUUUACCUUUGACGCGACUGCGUUUGAUAAUACUAGUGAAGCGAAUUGCUUUACUAGUUACGAACAUCCAGAGCCAAACAUGUUGUUUGGUGUUGCCGAGCAAUUUUGUGUUCUUCCUUUACUAGAGGAAUCAAUUAGAAGCAGUAGUGCCAAUGAUGAGAAAUCGGAUGAACAAGCAAUGAUGGGUCCAAAUGAUUCUAGCUUGUACUUAGCAAUCAAUCAGAUAAGACCUUGUGACCAGGAAUCUGCUGUCAAUUCUUUUGACUCAGACCAGGCCGAGUGUUUCGAUCCACAGAUUUUUAUAAAGAAUUUGCCUGAAUUAUCUGAUGUGGUGUCGAAUUUCCAAUCCAAUUCAUUGCCUAAGGAAACUUCAAGAAGGAAGCUUAUCACUCUAGUUCUUGAUUUGGAUGAAACACUUGUUCAUUCUACAUUGGAACAUUGUGAAGAUGCAGACUUCACCUUUAAUGUUUUUUUCAACAUGAAAGAACACACCGUGUAUGUCAGAAAGCGUCCUCACCUCAAAACAUUCUUAGAACGAGUCGCUGAGAUGUUUCAAGUUAUUAUUUUUACUGCCAGUCAAAGCAUAUAUGCAGAACAACUCCUUGAUAUUCUCGAUCCAGAUGGAAAGAUCAUCUCUCGACGGGUUUAUCGCGAAUCAUGUAUCUUCUCAGAUGGCAGUUACACUAAAGAUUUGACAGUUUUAGAUAUUGAUCUUGCGAAAGUUGCAAUAAUUGAUAAUUCCCCUCAGGUUUUUCGGUUGCAAGUGAAUAAUGGGAUUCCCAUAAAGAGUUGGUUUGAUGAUCGAACAGACUGUGCACUAAUUUCGUUACUUCCUUUCUUAGAGACCCUUGUAGAUGCAGACGAUGUUCGCCCUAUCAUUGCCAAGAAAUUUGCUGGAAACUCUUCGGGAUCUUCUCUCUAAGUGUUGUUCAAAGUGAACAUAGUUGUGCAUUAGUUGUCUUGAAACAGAUCUUUCCCAUGAUUUAAUGAGCUCGAGUUACCGUUGCAUACAAGGUAUGUGCGUAUGUAUGUAUGUAUGUAUGUGUGCUAUAUAUAUGUAUGUGUAUGUAUGUAGAAAACAUUAUGAAAUCACGUUGAGAUUGAUGAACUUUGGUUAUCAUGCUGAAAAUAUGGAACUUAGUAGGUACAUUACAUAACCACUUAUCUGUUACAAUUUCUCUUUAAGAAUCUUCUGUUUUUGGAAAUGAGAAAGCAGAAGAUAUGAAAUUAAUAUGCUAAUAAGCCAAACUAGUGUAUAUAUAGGGUUAUUUGCAACGAUAUCCCGUUAUGUUUUGAUUUUUUACACUGAAUCGUCUUAUCUUUUUCUUUUUUGUAACAUAACCCUCUCAUGUUUACUUUUCUUUGCAAAUUUGAGGUGCUAACUAAAUAUCACCGUUAUAUAUCAACUGAAUUAUUAUUGUAUUGACUUCGAAGUUUUACUUUCACGCAUACACAAUAGUUAUUCAGUUGGUAUUUAACGGUGAUAUUUAGUUGACAUCUCAAAUUUCUAAAGAAAAAUAAACUUAAAGGAGUUUUGCCUAAAAAAAAAGAAGGGGGUCAAGUGUAUAAAAAUUAAAACAUAAAAUAGUUUCGCUGCUAUAGAUCAGUUUAUCCCUACUUGUCUUUUGCAGGUAUACCCUGUGAGGUAGGUAAUUUGUCUUAGUUUAUGUAUCAAAACAUUAUUUCUUUUCACUUCUUCGCUUUUAAGAUUCUUGCUCGAUUACCAUUGCUUAAAAUUCUGAAUUCCGAGCAAACAUGUUGAUUUUGCUUCGAUCAAAACAUGUUUCGUGUGUGUUUGUUAUAUGCAUCGAUACGAAUUAAUAUGUAAAUCUCUUAAGUCUACUACAAUGUUUCAGGACACUGCUCUCUCAGAACAUUGCUCUAUAAUUAAGUGUAUGUUUCUUUAUGAGAAUUAGAACUCGAAAACUUAUUGAUGAACCAAAUGAUCAAAACUAGAUAUGCUGUUGUUAUGUUUGCUCUGAUUAUGAAUACAAAAAAGAAAAUAUGUUGGCUUUAAAUUUCAUUAUCUUGAUAAAUACUUGACCGAUUAAGGGAGACCAGGUGAUGCUUUAACACCGAAAAAUUUACAAUUUUUACGCGCAUUGUCUGCAGGUCUGUGUGCCGAGACCAGUAAUAGCUCUUCUGCUAAUGCCAACAUUAGUAGGUACACAGAGUUUUUAUUGUUCUUAGAGUUAGAUGUUUGUAUGUAGUGAGGCAUUUUCAGGAACAAAAUUUUGGUUUAACUUCUCAUUCUCAAGUAAAUAUAAUUGAAGAAGUGAUUUGUUCUUCUUUUUAAUGUAAUGAUCUUAUCUCAGCUUCUUCUUUUUUGUAAAUCAUGGUAUAAAUCAGUGAAUGUAUUACUUGUGUUUAUGAUGAUUAAAGAUAACUGGGCUUUAGCUUU